AUGGCCGUCUGCGACUUCAUCGCCCUCACCGUGAAGUGGGCGGCUUUCGCGGCCGUACUGCGAAUCAGCGACCACCACAACAUCUUCAACGUCUUGGAUAAGAAUGUGCACAAGCAUAAGCGCAAGAUCAUCGGGAGAUGCAUCUCGGAGAAAUCAAUGCGGGAGUUCGAGCCUAUCAUGAUCCAGCACAUCGACACUCUAAUCAAGCAGCUUGCCGAAUGGAGCAAGCAAGAAGAUUCGACCAACAUGACAACAUACUUCUUGAUGAACCGCGGUGAUACGUUCCUCUCCAUGGUCAAUGGUCUCAUCAAUAGGCGGAUGGAGAGAGGGAGGCAUUCGCGGGAGGACUUCUUCUCAUUGAUGCUUGAUUCGAAGAAUCCUGAGACAUGCAAGGACACUACGAUCAAAGAAUUUACUGAAGAUGUGCUGUUCAUCUUCCCAGCAGAUCACGAGCCGUUGGUCAUCGACAGCCACGUAAUUCCCCAAGGAACCAUUGUCGGAGUGAAUAUCUACUGUAUCCACCACAACGCCAAGUACUUCCCUGACCCAUUCACCUUCAAACCAGAACGAUGGCUUUUGGACGAGCAAACCAACACUUCCGAAGAGGCCAAGCUCGUAAUGAGGACCAUUUCCGAUGCCUUCACGCUAUUCUCAGGCGGUUCGCGAGGCUGCGCAGGCAAAAGCGAUGGCCUACAUGGAAUCUAGUCUCGUCAUGUCUAAAGUUCUACUGUACUUUGACUUCGAGCUCGCGCCCGGCGAGCAAGGAGACGUUGGCGGCUGGUCAGCAAAGAAGGCUGGGUCCGCGCACGGUGGAAUGAGUUUCAACUCUACAAUCACUUCAGUACUAGUCAUAACGGCCC